AUGGCAGCGGCUACAGGGUCGCAAUCGUCUACACAUGAACCCGCGGGUAUGGAGGGUCUCCGAUUACCCGUGACCAGCCGACCACCGGACGACAACACGGGUAAAGAUCAGACCUCUAGCGGAGACCGGACAAAGAAACCGUGCAGAGUGUGUACAGACUUUAAAUCAUGGAUGAAAACUCAGCAGAAACAGAAGUCGUCCGUCCCUGUGCAGGAGAGCAGAGCAGCAGAGACGGAUAAACCAGUUGAAUGUCCUCUGGAUAGAGAGGAAUUGGGCAGGAGCUCGUGGUCCUUUCUUCACACUAUGGCAGCAUACUAUCCAGACACCCCAUCUGCAUCACAGCAACAGGAGAUGACCCAGUUCAUUAACCUCUUCUCAAAGUUUUUCCCAUGUGACGAAUGUGCAGAAGACCUGAGAUCAAGACUAAAAACAGAUCGGCCGGACACUAGCACCAGGCACAAUCUUUCACAGUGGCUGUGCCGUCUUCACAAUGGCAUCAACGUCCGGUUAGGGAAGCCGGAGUUUGACUGCAGCAGGGUGGAUGAGCGAUGGAGAGAUGGCUGGAAGGAUGGCUCAUGUGACUGACAUCUUGUGUGCAAAAUAUCGACCAGGAUCAUCUAUCAGUUGUAAUAAAUCCAGACUACAGUGCAAA